UAACCUCACUUUUCUAAAACGGUUAAUAAUGAAUUCUCCAGGAUCCCAAGCUCUAGAGGUAGCUAAAAAUAUGAAAGAUCUAGCAGUAUUUAAAAAACCAAUUGGUGUAGCAAAAAAGCAAAAAAAAGUGCAACCAAAGAUUUUAGAUGAAGAUACAUACAUAAAAAAAAUGGCAGAAAUUAUUCAAAGAGACUUCUUUCCGCAUUUAGAUAAGCUUCAAGCACAAAAUCAGUAUUUAGAUGCAUUAGAACAAAAUGAUGUAAAAAGAAUGAGAGAACUUUAUGAAAAAUAUAGUUCAGGAAGACCAACAACUGAAAGACCUGUCAGUCCAGCGACAUUUGAAACACCUAUGAACAAAAUUGAAUCAGAAGAUGAACUAUUUAAAUCCUCAAAAAUAUCAAAAGAUAUACCUGUGAAUGUAGGUACAAAAGAGAAGGACAAGGAAGAACUUACAUCUGGAUUAGAUGCAUAUUUGAGUACACAUACGAGUGAAGAUAAUGCAAGUUUUGAGGAGAUGAUGAUUGAAGCAGAGAAAAGAUUAAAAUUGAAAUUUGCUUGGCUCUAUGAAGUUGAAGAAAACUCAAAAGCAUUAAUGAAUGAUAAAUCUUCAGAUACUUUGGCUAUAGAAAAUGAUAAUAAGAGACCUAAUCAAUUAGAUAGUUGGAAUUACAAAAAUAAAAAUUACAUUAUGUAUGUUCCAGAUGGGGUUGAAUUAACUCCUGAUGAAAGAAUAGAUUUGGCUAAAAGAAGACAAAUGGUAGUGCAUGAAAAUACAAGACUUCGUAUUAAUCCUUUCAACGAACAACAAAAUAAAGAAGCUAUUAAUGAAUUAGCAAAGAAUCAGUCAAAGGCUAAUGAUGGAAAAAUUGGAGUUGAUGGGAAAGAAAUUGUAAGAAAUCCAACACCUAAAAUAAAUGGAUUUAGUUUUGUAGCAACUCCAAGUCCAAGACCUGGAGAAUGCGACAGUCCUUUAAUGACAUGGGGUCAGAUAGAAGGUACACCAUUUAGAUUAGAUGGAGGAGACACACCUUUAUUGAGAACAAGUCAAGGGCCAUCAUUUAGAAUGGCAGAACCUCCAAAAAGAGAGCAGCUUGCAUUACAAUUAGCAGAGAAAGCUGGUGAAAGACACAGAGAUAGGAAAAACAAAGCUUUGGAAGCAGCAAGAAAAUCAUUAGCAACUCCAUCACCAAGGUCAACUAUGGAUCGUUUGAGUACUAUGUCUCCAGCAGCCAGAAGAUUGGCUACACAGAAACUUCGAAUUGCAAGUACACCUACUCCACGAAGAACAUCAUCUCUAAGAACACCAUUGAUAGGUAUCAGAACACCCAGUACUCCACAAAUAAAUACAGCUUCAAAAUCUGAAAAUCAUCUUGAACUGAAAAAUAAUAGCACACGCUGCCAAGGUCCUGUUCUAACUGAUAAUUUACUUAAUUUGCCCCUUCAGAGACAAAGAGCAGCUGAUUUUUUCAACAAAAUAUUUUUUCGUAUAUAUAAAGCUGCAAGAAUGAAAAAUAAGACAGAACAGAAGAUCUUAAUCAAUAUGAAAUCUUCAGUGUUGAAUAUUCUUUUUGUGCUGACAAUAGCGUACUCGGCAGUUCGGGCACAAAAUCCAGAAUGUACAUGUGGAGGAUUGGGACAAGGUUCAAAUCCUUGCACUUGUAGUGAGGUUGUUGUGAAAGCUGCAAAACUACCAAAACCUACAUAUUAUGUAUCACCACAAGAAAUUAAGGAUGCAGCAACUGUAAAAAAUACUGCUGAUACAUCCCAAACUGAUUGUUCCAAUUCACAAAAUGCCAAUAAGGCAACUGCAUAUAGUGACAGCAACCCAAGUCCUUGCAGUAAGUCAAGUAGCAAUAGUAACACAUGUGGAUGUAAUGGAAGUAGUCAAAAUACACACAGUAACAAUAAUUCUUGUAAUUGUAAAAAGCAAAAUAUAGAAACUUUGAACACUGAGGAUCCUAUAAAUUCUAAUGGGAAUAUCGUACCCAGAUUUUCACCAAUUGGUGAUUUAUGCUAUCCUCUUCCAAUGGAACCUAAUAGUGGAAAAAUAAUUGAAAACACCAAAGUUACACCAGCAUAUCCUGGCAAACUUGUCUGCUGCCCUCCAUCAGUUCCUUAUGAGAUAUGUAUAAAUACAAUGACUGGAGAAACUAACAGAAAAUUGAUUACAUCUAGUUCUGAUGCUAGAUUAUUUAGAACACACAAAACUGAUUCGUAUGGAAAUAUGAAUUUUGGAACAUUUAGUAAACCAAAUUCUGCACUGUAUAAUUUACCUCUGGUCUAUGCUAAUUUAAAUACUGAAAAUAGACAAAAACAAUUUUCAAAGAUGAUUUCAAGUAGUACAUCUUCAGAUUGUUUUGAUGAUACUAUAGAUGAAACUCCAGAGCAUAAUACAUAUCCAAUAAUGCCAGCAGAUGCAGUUUCUCUUACUCUUGCAUACAAAAAUCUUCGUGCUCCAAAUGUAAUUUAUAGACAAGGAAAACAAUUUGUUCCAGAAGAUAAAUUAUCCUUUGGUCACCGAACAGUACCAGCUGAUGUAAAAAAUGAAAAUCAAAUUCUUGAUAUCGCUGAAGAAAAACUGGUAACAGUCAAUAAACCUGUUGUGGAAUUAAAAUUAGCACCGCAAAAAACUGUUGUUAUUGGUUCUUAUAAUGAACAAGAAGAAGCUAAACUUGCAGAACUUGAAGCAAUUGAACGUGAAAGUAUAACACAAGAAGAAACAUCUGAUCAAAUGGCAGAAAGUCUUAUUACUUACAAAGAUUUGGGUUAUGCACCAGUAGAUGCAACAUAUAGAAAAUCAAUGAGUUAUAACCAAGGAAUGAACAGAAAAAUUGAUAACAGUGAAGAAGAACCAUGUGGACCUUUAGGGCCAUCAAUACCAGGUUAUGUGCCAGGCAGACUAAUAGUUCAAGAAAAACAUCUUGAUGAUAAUUUAUACAAUUCUCGUAUAACAGAACUAAACAGAAAUAUAGAGUUCCAGAAUUCAAAAUCUGAUUCAUGUCCAAAGUGA